CUUCUCGAGCCAGGUGACAUUGUACCCGUCGACGGAAUAUUCUUGAGCGGCCACAAUUUGACAUGCGACGAAUCAAGUGCCACCGGUGAAUCUGACGCGUUGAAAAAAAAUAGUUUAGAUGCUGGUGGUGAUCCAUUUAUUCUUAGCGGGUCUAAGGUGUUAGAAGGUGUUGGAAAGGCGAUCGUCAUCGCAGUUGGUCCUUAUUCAUACUUUGGAAAGACUAUGAUGGCACUCCGUGGUAACGAAAGCACUGAAACUCCUCUACAAAUUAAAUUGGACAUUCUCGCCGAACAUAUCGCCAAAUUGGGUAUGUCUGCUGCAAUGCUUAUGUUGAUUACACUAACCUUAAAGUUUUUCAUCGCGGCUGCUAUAUCUGAUGAUUUUCCGGAUGGUGAAGAGAUUGCUGCUGCGCUUAUUCAAAUCGCCAUUCAAGCUAUUACUAUUGUUGUGGUUGCUGUCCCGGAAGGUUUGCCCAUGGCUGUUACGCUUGCUCUUGCAUACGCCACUACACAAAUGUUAAAAGAUAAUAAUUUGGUGCGCGUGUUAUCCGCUUGUGAAACAAUGGGCAACGCAACUACAGUAUGUUCAGAUAAAACUGGCACAUUGACUCAAAAUAAGAUGACGGUCGUUAGAGGAUUCCUCACCGGACAUGAAUUCAAGAGUCUCACAAUGAUCGAAAGUUGGAGAAAAGACGUAGAUCAGCAAACAUUUGAUACAAUUGUUGAAGCGAUUGUUAUCAAUUCUUCGGCAUUCGAAGGAAAAGACGAAAAUGAUCAAUUAGAUUUUAUUGGAUCAAAAACAGAAUGUGCAUUACUUGGAUUCAGCAAAGGUCUUGGAAUCGAGUAUCGAGAAAUCCGAAACUCGUAUACAGUUGCCAAAGUUUAUCCUUUUGCAUCGCAGAAAAAGACAAUGACAACUGUCAUUAAACUUCCGAAACCCAGUAAAGAUGGUGAAUAUCGAGUUCAUGUAAAAGGAGCCUCAGAAAUAGUAUUGGGCUCGUGUAGACGAUAUGUCGACGGCGAUGGCAAUAUCAAAGAAUUAGACAGCACAGCAAAAGCAAACUUUGAGAAAACGAUAAGUACUUUUGCUAACGAAGCCUUGCGGACUAUUUGUCUUGGGUAUCGUGACGUAUCAAGUGCAGAAUAUUCAAAAUUCGAUGAUGAACAUCCGCCAAAUGAACAGCUUAUUUGUUUGGGUAUUGUUGGUAUUCAGGAUCCUUUGCGUCCAGGUGUCGUCGAAUCAGUUGAAAAGUUUAGAAAGGCAGGUGUGUAUGUGAGAAUGAUUACUGGGGAUAAUAUUGCAACAGCAAAAGCAAUUGCACGAAAUGCUGGUAUUUUGACUAAAGGAGUUGCGAUUACUGGACCUGAAUUCAGAAAGAUGUCUGAAGAUGAACAAAGAAAAUUAGUACCACGACUUCAAGUACUCGCUCGCUCUUCACCAACUGAUAAAACAAUUGUGGUUAAACGAUUAAGGGAACUUGAUGAAGUUGUCGCAGUUACUGGUGAUGGUACAAAUGAUGGUCCUGCUUUGAAAUUGGCUGAUGUUGGAUUUAGUAUGGGAAUAACGGGAACUGAAGUGGCCAAGGAAGCUUCCUCGAUUAUUUUGAUGGACGAUAAUUUCAACUCAAUCGUAAAUGCUUUGAAAUGGGGUCGAGCAGUAAAUGAUUCUGUGCGUAAAUUUUUGCAAUUCCAACUUACCGUUAAUAUCACAGCCGUUGUCAUUUCAUUCACUAGUGCCGUAAUUAGUGAUGAUAAUGAGUCUGUACUCACUGCUGUACAAUUGUUGUGGGUUAAUCUUAUUAUGGACACACUUGCUGCUCUCGCAUUGGCUACUGAACCACCAACAGACGAACUUUUAAAUCGAUAUCCAACUAACAAGACAGCUUCCUUGAUCAGCUAUCGCAUGUGGAAAAUGAUUACUGGCGAAGCCAUUUUCCAGAUUAUUAUCAACCUGACAUUAUUAAAUAUGGGACCAGCCAUUUUCCAUCUAGAUGACAGCAAACAUGAUAAAGUACUUCUCAGCACUCUAGUCUUCAACACUUUUGUGUUCCUGCAAGUAUUCAAUGAAAUCAAUUGUCGAAUUAUUGAUGAUCAUUUGAAUGUAUUCAGAAACAUUUUCAAUAAUCACGUUUUUAUAAUUGUCCAAUUCGUCGUGAUUCUCGGACAAUUCUUGAUUGUACAAUAUGGCGGUGUUGCUUUUGGCACUACUUCAUUAACUUGGUAUCAGUGGCUUUCGACCAUAAUAGUAGGAUCCUUGUCACUUCCUGUUGGCGUAAUAAUUCGUCUCUUCCCAAACACGUGCGUCCCCGAACGAAUUCUCAACGAAGAACGCAAACCGCUUGUCACACAUUCCGAGAUGCGAUGGGACUCGGCAAUUCAAGAUGUACGAAGUCAACUUAAAGUGUUUGGUGCACUUCGAAAAGUCAAAAGAAAUUCUGUAAGCUUUCCUAAACCCAAACAUCCCGAAUCUUCGGACAGUGGGUCCUCGGCUCCUAAGAAGAAGCAUAAUUUGUUGGAUAUAGCACGUGCUGCUGCUGCUUCAAAUAAUAAUCAAAAUAGUCAAGAAUAA